AGAAGAAGUGAAACUUUCGAUUAAAGCUUUUUCAAGGGAAGAAGAAGGAAGAAGAGAAACCGCAACUAUGGCUGAAGCUUCUUCAUCGUCGGUGACGUCUUUGCCGUCGCCGUCGCCGUCUUUGACGGAGGAGGAGCUAACACUAACUGUGAAAUGGAGUGGAAAAGAGUACACAGUCAGAGUCUGCGGCGAUGAUUCAAUCGGAGAGUUGAAACGACGGAUAUGCGAGGUCACUAAUGUGCUUCCUAAACGCCAGAAGCUUCUAUAUCCAAAAAUCGGAUCAAAACUAGCCGAUGAAUCAGUCCUCAUCUGUCAUCUCCCUCUCAAAUCUUCCCUCAAGAUGACAAUGAUCGGGACCGUGGAAGAUGAUAUAAUUGUGGACCAAGUGGACUCUUCGGAGAUUGUUGAUGAUUUUGAAAUUGGGCAAGAUGAAGCAGUUGACAUUAAGGAUAAAGAUAUCAAUAAACAGAAAUUGAGAAGGAGAAUUGAUCAAUACAAUAUUGAUGUUCGAAAUCCAUGCCGAGAAGGUAAGAAGCUAUUGGUGCUGGAUAUUGAUUAUACCCUAUUUGAUCACCGCUCUACAGCAGAGAACCCAUUAGAACUUAUGCGCCCUUAUCUUCAUGAGUUUCUUACUGCUGCAUAUGCGGAGUAUGAUAUUAUUAUUUGGUCAGCUACCAGCAUGAGAUGGGUUGAGCUGAAAAUGGGACAGCUAGGAGUUCUCGACCAUCCGAAUUACAAAAUUACAGCUCUCCUAGAUCAUCUCGCAAUGAUCACAGUUCAUUCUGAUGCUCGUGGAAUCUUCGACUGCAAACCCCUUGGCCUUAUUUGGGCUAAAUUUCCUGAGUAUUAUAGUGCUAAGAACACGAUAAUGUUCGACGAUCUAAGAAGGAAUUUUGUGAUGAACCCAAAGAAUGGAUUAACAAUAAGGCCAUUUAGGAAGGCUCAUGCCAAUAGAGAAAGCGAUAGGGAACUCGUGAAGCUGACACAAUACUUGCUUGCGAUUUCGAAACUCGAUGACAUUAGCGGUCUCAACCACAAGUACUGGGAGUCUUACAAAGAAGACAAUUCCAAGAGACGCAGACAGGCAUAACAGAUUGGAGGUAAGUUUUUUUUUUCAAAAAAAAAUUACUGGGGAAGUUAUUAAUUAAUAUGUUUGGUAAAACAGAAAAAAUGGUGUAUUAUGAUAUGAUUUGUGUAGAACAAAACUUGUUCUAGUUUAGGACAGAGAUCUGUUUUUAAAUGGAAAUAUAGUCUGUCUGGAAACAACAUUAUUUAAAUAUGGUGAUUUUUGUUUGUUAUUUUCUUCAA